CAGCAGUGAAUAUGCGCGAGGCAGCUAUAACAAUACCUUUGUGAAACAGAUUAAAACAUAACAUAAAAGGAAGUGGGAUUUUUAUCUUUUAAAUCAACAUUUCUUCAGGAUAAUGGAAACUAAAAUACAUGUUAAAGAAGAGAAAGCUGAUGAUAUUGAAACAGUUUAUCAGUGUAAUUUGUGUGAUGAAGAAUUUAAAUUAGAAACUGAUUUAGAAAAACACUGUGAAAUACAUGUUACUGAAAUGAAAACUGAUGAUGUUGAUGAAAAUUUGAUCGAUCAAUAUGAAAAAACUGACGAUGUUGAAAAAGGUUUAGAAGCAGCCGAGUUGAUUUCAUGUGAUGUUUGUAAUAAAUCAUUUAGUCAGAACAGUGAUCUUCAGAUUCACAUGAGAAUUCAUACUGGGGGAAAACCUUAUAAAUGUGAUGUUUGUGAUAAAUCAUUUACUCAGCGUCGUAAUCUGAAGAUACAUCUAACAACCCAUACGGGCGAGACACCUUAUAAAUGUGAAGUUUGUAGUAAAGCAUUCGCUGAUGUCAGUUUUCUACAAAAGCACAUAAAAAUUCAUAUAGAAGAAAAACCUCAUAAGUGUGAUGUUUGUAGUAAAUCGUUUGGCGAAAAUCAUCUUUUACAGGCACACAUUACGACCCAUACGGGGGAAAAGCCGUAUAAAUGUAACGUUUGUGAUAAAUCAUUCGCUCAUAAUAGUAGUCUACAGAAACACACGAUAAUUCAUACCGGAUUGAAAUCUUAUAAAUGUGAUGUUUGUGGUAAAUCAUUCGCACACUGUGGCUCACUACAUAAUCAUAUUAAAACCCACACUGGUGAACGACCAUAUGAAUGUGGUGUUUGUAGUAAGUCGUUCCGAGAUAGCGGUGGUCUUCAGUCACAUAUAAGGUCUCAUACCGGGGAGAGACCGUAUCCAUGUAAUGUUUGUAGUAAAUCGUUUUCUACCUGUGCAGGUAAACAGAGACACGUUAGAACCCAUAGCGGUGAAAAACCUUUUAAUUGUGAUGUUUGUGAUAAAUCAUUUACACAGAAGAAUAAUCUACGGAAACACAUGAUAAAACAUACUAACGUGAAACCUGGCCCCCCAGUUCAAAAAGCAUUCGCAGACUUAAGUUAAGAGUUUACGCAACUUUUAAUCUCCAACCUAGUGGGUUUUCUCCGGGUCCUCCGGUUUCCUCCCACUGCUAAAGACCCCUACGCGACAGCGAAUUAUUGAAAUAAAAUUAAACCGUAUGUUAUUCCGAAAUGACCUAGUUUGUGUCGAGUGGACGUUAAACCCCAUUUCUCUCUCUCUCUCUCUCUCUCUGCAACUUUCAAUCACUGUUUAUGAGAAAUAUCUGUGAUCCAAAAACACAAAACUUUGCAUAUAGUUUCUUAUUGAUGUAUUUGAUUCGUUAAAACAACAAAAGAUCUAUAAAGGGCUAUAAUUUUAAUUAAAAUAAGGCGAACAAUUUUUAGUAAAUUCUUAACUUCAGUCUGAGAAUGCUUUGUGAAUUUGGGGCCUGAUAAAUCAGUAAUCAAUGAAAACUCACACGGUUUCCUCCCACUGCUAAAGACCCCUACGCGCAAGUGAAUUAUUGAAAUAAAAUUAAACCAUGUGUUAGUCCUGAAAUGACCUAAUUUGUGUCAAGUCAUGUGAACGUUAAACCCCAUUUCUCUCUCUCUCUAUCUCUAUAUCAGAGAUUUGAGUCGAAUAAUUUUUGUUCAGCGACAGCUAAAUUUACCGAUUGAACUAUUGAUAUUUGCUCCCAAUGCAAAUAUCAGAGAUUUGAGUUAAAGUAUUUUCGUUCCAAGCAAGUUUCAACGAUGGCCAAAUUUACGGAUUUAAGUACUAAUGUCUCCUCCCAAUGCAUCCAGGCGUAAAAUUUACUUGAUGUCAGCACUAACAAACACUGAGAUUUUAUUAAGCGGUCACUCCCGUUAAGCAGUCAGUCGAAUGGCUGCUUACUACAGUAGUAGUAUACAUACAUCCCAUACAGGAAGCCACAGUGGUUAAGUGAGUAAGACGCUAGCCUGGAGGUCGGGUGUUCGAUCCCUGCAUCGGCCAAGAAAGUUCAUCCAGAUUUUCCGGUGUGGUUCCCCCCUUGUCAGUGAUGCAGGGCAGAGGGCCUGACAAGGACAGCUGUCUAGUCUUUCGGAUGAUAUGGAAAACCAAGGUCCCGUCUAUACAUUGGCGUGCAUGUAAAAGAUCCCUUGACAGUUGGAAUUCGAUAAAAGAGUAGGCCGUAGCGCUACAGUCUGGGCACACUGUAUGGAAAUGAAAUGAAAUGAAAUGGAGUUUAACGUCCUACUGUUUUGCUCCAAACUGGGCUAAUGAAGACUGGCAUACGCCAUACAGUGUGCUAUGAGGGAAAUUAUAUCGAAUUCCAACUGUCAAGGGAUCUUUUCACGCGAAUUUUUUUUAUUUACAACCCUUACUGGAGAAAAAGCUGAAUAUUUGUGGUAAAUCAUUUUCUCAUAAUAAUAUUCUAGAGACACACAUGGUAAUUCACACGGAAUAAAAUAAAAAUCUUAUAAAUGUGAUCUUUGUGAUAAAUCAUUUUGUCAAA